AGAUGAAAGUGGCCGUGGUGGUGCUAGGACUUCUGAUUUUCGUAGCAAUAUCUAACGCUCGGCCAGAUCUAAGUCAUUCUGAUUCUUCUAUCCUCGAAGAUGAAAGAGAAGAGGAGUCUGGAUAUGUAGAAAGAAAUCAAGAAUAUGACGGAAGACGAAGAAAGACGAGACAUUCACGUCAAAUUUUUAACGGGUACGACUAUCCAUGGCCUCCGUCUUAUGAGAGUCAUAAAAACCUUCGGCUUUUGGAAGAGAUUCUCUUUCAAGUGAAAAAACUUACCGAAGAGGUUUCGGGCUCUUUGAAAAGUUUUCGCCAACAGCCUGGAUAUACUCCACCUCAACCCAUUUACAUUCCAUACCCUAUUUAUUUACCAGCUCUAGGCUCAAAAUGCUUCAACGGUGUAAAUAAUAACUCAAACAAUGUGCCUGAUACUAAUACUAGAUUUUCUGAAAAUAUUGAUAAAAACCAAAUAUGGGGAAUUGAGCAAGGUGAAAAUAAUGUAGAUAAUGAUGACUUUGAUGGAACGAGACCAAUUUCUUUGAAGCCGCUUGAUUUAAACCGGCCCCAGGGCAGGCCGAUACCUCCUGUUGACCAUGGCAGUUCUCAAGCAGGGGAUGUAACAACUGCCGCCCCGACAUUUACAACCAAGUCGCCGAUACAGGAGCCCGGUAUUUGUGAAGCCGCUAUCCUUUCUUGCUGUAGAUUUAGCGAUUCGAAACAGAAACAAUGUUUCACAGAAUAUGGCUGUGUUAAAACGUACUCUACAGGGGUUGCUUGCUCGCCAAAAGCAAUUCAAGCGGUAAUUCAGAACUUUAAAAAUGCAUAUGCGCCUAGAUGAUCACAUACAAAAUAAAAGAAAACUUAUUAUAUCACCUAACAGUAUUAUAUGAUAUAAUUAAUUUACAAUAUUAAGGUGGAACUAAUAAAUUUUCCACAGUAGACUUUUUCGACGAUUUAUCUAACAAAUGAGCUUAGAUCGAUUUUUCUUUCCUACUAGCUAGUAUUUUUUAAUCAUUUAAAAUCGAACUCAAAGCGAUUUUCGUUUCCUAUUACUGAACUCUGAAAUUGUUAUUGUAUUUUAUUAAAACAUAUUAUAAUUUAGUAAUAUUGUAUUUGAUGGAAUAACUUCGAUAUCGUUUGGCGUUAACUUGAUAUUAUAUUAAACAGGAAAACGAAUGUAACAAAGUUAUGAUGCCUAAUAUGUUUCUUAGGCGUAAAAUAUGAUAAAAACGGCACGGCUUAUCUACUUAAAUAAUAGACAACGGUGUAUACGUAAGCUAAGUCUACACUAUAAAAAAUUUAUAUUUACUUAAAAUACGACCAUGUAUUCCAGGAGUUCUUAUCAGCAAAUAUGAGUGCGUUGUAUUGUCGCCUUAUCAAACAUUAUGCAUCAUUAUCGAACACAAGCUGUGUUAAUUUAUUUACUAAGGAGAACUAAAAGUAUUAAAUUAUUUCUAUUAUACAGUUGAAAUUUAAAUCGCAUUUAGCGCUAUGCAUUAUGUAAUUGUUCAUAUUAAGAUGCCAUAGAAGUUCAGUGUAUGUGAUUGUUAACAAAUAAAUGUAUAAUUAGGUAUAAUUUGUGUUAAAUGUAUUGUGUAGUCAUUAACUGCAAAAUUUCACUCCGAUAUGUGCAGCUUUUAUUAGGCAUUUAACGAUAUUUAUUAUUAAUUAAUUUAUACACUUGUCAAUUGUGCCUAGUCUAUUAUACAUUUUUUAAUAAUUAAGUC